AUGGCGGCGGCUGCAGUGCUGCCAGCACCCACGCAGUUCAAAGCUGCUCGAGCCGUGGUGGCGGUAAUGGAGGCGUACCGCGACGCGCGCGUGCAGUUUGUCAUAGAAGUUCCUGCCGCAUUUCGCGCCUCCGAGAGCCGUUCAAAUCCUUCUUUGCGAUUCGCCAGCUCGCCGACACGGGAGCAUGCUCCCGCGAACCCCGGAGGAUGUCAUCAACUUCCUCGAACCCCGAGAACAGGGGCGAGCGCGCGGAAGGGAGAAGAGGAGGAGGCGUUGAGCUCGGAGAACGGGGAGGCGGGGGAGAAAGCGGAGAAGAGGGGAGUAUCGGAGGAGGGGGUGGCAGAGCGCGCGGCGGUGGUGAGCGCGCUGAGCGCGGAGAUGCGAGCGGGGCUGGUGGCGGCGGUGGGCGAGGAGGGCGUGGAGGAGGGCGAGGAGGAGAGGCAGAGCCACGCCAAGCCGAGCACAGAGCAGGUGGCGGCGGUGGUGAGGGUGUGUGCGCAGCAUGGGGUGCCGGUGGUGGCGUAUGGGGGAGGCACGUCCCUGGGGGGGCAUACCACCACGCUCAUGGGGGGAGUCAGCAUGAACAUGACUCGCAUGAACCAAGUGCUGGCAGUGCACGAGGGGGACAUGGAUGCGGUGGUGCAGCCGGGCAUGAUGUGGGGCGACCUCAAUGCGCGCUUCGCCCCGCUCGGCCUCUUCUUCUUCCCCCUAGACCCCGGCCCCGGUGCCACGCUGGGUGUCAUGGCUGCCACGCGCUGCAGCGGGUCGCUGGCCGUGCGCUACGGCACCAUGCGGGAUAACGUCAUCGCGCGGCAGAUGAGCACAGUGAUCCCACUCCCACCCUCUUGUUGCCAGCCUGCGCGGCAGGCAGUGCUGACGAACGGCGAGGUGGUGCGAACGGCAGCGAGGGCGCGCAAGAGUGCGGCGGGGUACGACCUGACGCGGCUGCUGGUGGGGUCCGAGGGCAUGCUGGGCAUAAUCACAGAGCUCACUGUGCGCCUGCACCGCAUCCCACCGCUCUCCGCCGUCGCCAUGUGCCCCUUCCCCUCCAUCCGCGCUGCUGCUGACGCCGCCAUCGCCACCGUUCACAGCGGCGUGCAGGCCUCGCGGGUGGAGAUGCUAGACGAGGUGAUGGUGGGCGCGUUCAACAGCGCCAACGGGUACUCGUACCCGCACCACCCCACGCUCAUGCUCGAGGUCAUAGCCGACACCCCCCAGCACCUGGAGCAGCAGCUGGCGGCGGUGCGCGCGGUGGCGCAGCGGAGGAGAUGCGAAUCGCGGAGGGCGAGGAGGAGAAGCAAGAGCUGUGGCGCGCGCGGAAGGAGGCGCUGUGGGCCGCCUUGCGCUUGUGGGCUGUACUCCCUGCGCCCCGGCACCGAGCCCCUCAUCACCGACGUGUGUGUGCCGCCAUCGCGCCUGGCGGCGUGCAUGGACGCCACAACGGCCGACGUGCAGCGCUCGUCCCUCCCCUGCCCCAUGCUGGCGCACGCGGGCGACGGCAUUUUCCUCGUGUGCAUCUUCUUCGACCCAACCAGUCAUGAGGAGACCAAAGAGGCCAAAGCGCUCUCCGCUGCCAUCACCCUCCGCGCGCUCGCCAUGGAUGCGCAUGGUGCGGGGUGGUGGUGCGGUGUGGCGGUGCGGGGUGGUGGUGCGGUGUGGCGGUGCGGGGUGGUGGUGCGGUGUGGUGGUGCGGGGUGGUGGUGCGGUGUGGCGGUGCGGGGUGGUGGUGCGGUGUGGUGGUGCGGGGUGGUGGUGCGGUGUGGCGGUGCGGGGUGGUGGUGCGGUGUGGCGGUGCGGGGUGGUGGUGCGGUGUGGUGGUGCGGGGUGGUGGUGCGGUGUGGCGGUGCGGGGUGGUGGUGCGGUGUGGUGGUGCGGGGUGGUGGUGCGGUGUGGCGGUGCGGGGUGGUGGUGCGGUGUGGUGGUGCGGGGUGGUGGUGCGGUGUGGCGGUGCGGGGUGGUGGUGCGGUGUGGCGGUGCGGGGUGGUGGUGCGGUGUGGCGGUGCGGGGUGGUGGUGCGGUGUGGUGGUGCGGGGUGGUGGUGCGGUGUGGCGGUGCGGGGUGGUGGUGCGGUGUGGUGGUGCGGGGUGGUGGUGCGGUGUGGCGGUGCGGGGUGGUGGUGCGGUGUGGCGGUGCGGGGUGGUGGUGCGGUGUGGUGGUGCGGGGUGGUGGUGCGGUGUGGCGGUGCGGGGUGGUGGUGCGGUGUGGUGGUGCGGGGUGGUGGUGCGGUGUGGCGGUGCGGGGUGGUGGUGCGGUGUGGUGGUGCGGGGUGGUGGUGCGGUGUGGCGGUGCGGGGUGGUGGUGCGGUGUGGCGGUGCGGGGUGGUGGUGCGGUGUGGUGGUGCGGGGUGGUGGUGCGGUGUGGUGGUGCGGGGUGGUGGUGCGGUGUGGCGGUGCGGGGUGGUGGUGCGGGGUGGCGGUGCGGGGUGGUGGUGCGGUGUGGCGGUGCGGGGUGGUGGUGCGGGGUGGCGGUGCGGGGUGGUGGUGCGGUGUGGUGGUGCGGGGUGGUGGUGCGGUGUGGCGGUGCGGGGUGGUGGUGCGGUGUGGUGGUGCGGGGUGGUGGUGUGGGGUGGCGGUGCGGGGUGGUGGUGCGGUGUGGCGGUGCGGGGUGGUGGUGCGGGGUGGCGGUGCGGGGUGGUGGUGCGGUGUGGCGGUGCGGGGUGGUGGUGCGGGGUGGCGGUGCGGGGUGGUGGUGCGGUGUGGUGGUGCGGUGUGGUGGUGCGGGGUGGCGGUGCGGUGUGGCGGUGCGGGGUGGCGGUGCGGUGUGGUGGUGCGGGGUGGCGGUGCGGUGUGGUGGUGCGGUGUGGUGGUGCGGGGUGGUGGUGCGGUGUGGUGGUGCGGGGUGGCGGUGCGGUGUGGCGGUGCGGGGUGGUGGUGCGGUGUGGCGGUGCGGGGUGGUGGUGCGGGGUGGCGGUGCGGGGUGGUGGUGCGGUGUGGUGGUGCGGGGUGGUGGUGCGGUGUGGCGGUGCGGGGUGGUGGUGCGGUGUGGUGGUGCGGGGUGGUGGUGCGGGGUGGCGGUGCGGGGUGGUGGUGCGGUGUGGUGGUGCGGGGUGGCGGUGCGGGGUGGUGGUGCGGUGUGGUGGUGCGGUGUGGCGGUGCGGGGUGGUGGUGCGGUGUGGUGGUGCGGGGUGGUGGUGCGGUGUGGCGGUGCGGGGUGGUGGUGCGGUGUGGCGGUGCGGGGUGGUGGUGCGGUGUGGCGGUGCGGGGUGGUGGUGCGGUGUGGUGGUGCGGGGUGGUGGUGCGGUGUGGUGGUGCGGGGUGGUGGUGCGGUGUGGCGGUGCGGGGUGGUGGUGCGGGGUGGCGGUGCGGGGUGGUGGUGCGGUGUGGCGGUGCGGGGUGGUGGUGCGGGGUGGCGGUGCGGGGUGGUGGUGCGGUGUGGUGGUGCGGGGUGGUGGUGCGGUGUGGCGGUGCGGGGUGGUGGUGCGGUGUGGUGGUGCGGGGUGGUGGUGCGGGGUGGCGGUGCGGGGUGGUGGUGCGGUGUGGUGGUGCGGGGUGGCGGUGCGGGGUGGUGGUGCGGUGUGGUGGUGCGGGGUGGCGGUGCGGGGUGGUGGUGCGGUGUGGUGGUGCGGGGUGGCGGUGCGGGGUGGUGGUGCGGUGUGGUGGUGCGGUGUGGCGGUGCGGGGUGGUGGUGCGGUGUGGUGGUGCGGGGUGGUGGUGCGGUGUGGCGGUGCGGGGUGGUGGUGCGGUGUGGCGGUGCGGGGUGGUGGUGCGGUGUGGCGGUGCGGGGUGGUGGUGCGGUGUGGCGGUGCGGGGUGGUGGUGCGGUGUGGUGGUGCGGGGUGGUGGUGCGGUGUGGCGGUGCGGGGUGGUGGUGCGGGGUGGCGGUGCGGGGUGGUGGUGCGGUGUGGCGGUGCGGGGUGGUGGUGCGGGGUGGCGGUGCGGGGUGGUGGUGCGGUGUGGUGGUGCGGUGUGGUGGUGCGGGGUGGUGGUGCGGUGUGGCGGUGCGGGGUGGUGGUGCGGUGUGGUGGUGCGGGGUGGUGGUGCGGGGUGGCGGUGCGGGGUGGUGGUGCGGUGUGGUGGUGCGGGGUGGCGGUGCGGGGUGGUGGUGCGGUGUGGUGGUGCGGGGUGGUGGUGCGGGGUGGCGGUGCGGGGUGGUGGUGCGGUGUGGUGGUGCGGGGUGGCGGUGCGGGGUGGUGGUGCGGGGUGGUGGUGCGGUGUGGCGGUGCGGGGUGGUGGUGCGGUGUGGCGGUGCGGGGUGGUGGUGCGGUGUGGCGGUGCGGGGUGGUGGUGCGGUGUGGCUGUGCGGGGUGGUGGUGCGGUGUGGUGGUGCGGGGUGGUGGCACGUGCACGGGGGAGCACGGGGUGGGCGUGGGCAAGACACAGUACCUGGAGAAGGAGGUGGGGGCGGGGGCGGUGGCGGCGAUGCAGGCAGUGAAGACGCCCUGCACCCACAGGGCAUCCUCAACCCCGGCAAGGUGCUGCCGCCCCGCCCGCCCUGCCUCUCCUGA